ACUAACCAAACUACACAUCAAAAAGUCCUCUCUUGACUUUCUUACAUUUAUUUGCCGUCUCUCUCUCUCUCUCAAUUAUCUUCUUCACCUUCUUCGUUUUUUCUUCUUACCAUUCUCAAAAACCUCAUUUCUUCCGAUUCAGUUUAUCCUCCUCUUUCUAAACUUCUAAGCCAGGUGACGUUGGAACUGGUUAGGUUUGAAGAUAUUGAUUCCAUUCAGCAUUCGAAGCCGCAUUUGAAAUACCUCAUGACUUGCUUUCCUUUCUUAUUUGGAAAGAAAGUGUCUUCUGAUGUAAGACGAGAUCCUGAAAUCGAUCAAGGACUUUCCGGCAUUCGAAUUAAAGUUUAUACCUACAAAGAACUAAAAAUUGCCUCUGACAAUUUCAGCCCGGCUAAUAAAAUCGGGGAGGGUGGUUUUGGUUCUGUUUAUAAGGGAGUGCUAAAAGGUGGGAAGUUAGCCGCCAUAAAAGUCCUUUCGACUGAAUCAAAACAGGGGGUGAAGGAAUUCUUGACUGAGAUUAAUGUGAUUUCGGAAAUAAAGCAUGAAAAUUUGGUUAUACUCUAUGGUUGCUGUGUCGAAGGAGAUCACAGAAUAUUAGUCUACAAUUACCUCGAGAACAAUAGCCUUUCACAAACCCUUCUAGCUGGAGGUCACAGUAAUAUCUACUUCGAUUGGCAAACACGACGUAGGAUAUGCCUUGGAGUUGCACGUGGACUUGCCUUUCUCCAUGAGGAAGUACUGCCACAUAUUGUUCACAGGGAUAUAAAAGCAAGCAAUAUUCUCCUCGACAAAGAUCUUACACCUAAGAUUUCAGAUUUCGGUCUUGCAAAGCUGAUUCCAUCAUACAUGACUCAUGUCAGCACACGUGUAGCAGGAACGAUAGGUUAUUUGGCACCGGAGUAUGCAAUAAGGGGGCAGUUGACACGUAAAGCAGAUAUUUACAGUUUUGGAGUACUCCUUGUUGAGAUAGUCAGUGGGAGGUCUAACACAAAUACAAGAUUACCAAUUGCAGAUCAAUAUAUUCUAGAAACGACAUGGCAACUUUAUGAGCGAAAGGAAUUGGCACAAUUGGUAGACAUAUCACUAAAUGGCGAAUUCGAUGCUGAGGAGGCUUGUAAAAUUCUGAAGAUUGCCCUUCUUUGUACUCAGGAUACACCUAAGCUCCGGCCAACCAUGUCUUCUGUGGUCAAAAUGCUCACCGGAGAAAUGGAUAUCAAUGAAACCAAGAUAACAAAACCAGGCUUGAUUUCAGAUGUCAUGGACCUUAAAAUUAGAGAACCUAAAAAAAAUAUAAAUAUGGGGACAGCUCCAUCUUCAUACAAUGCUUCCUCUAGCUCAGAUAGCCAGGGUACUACUACCAUUUCAUUGGCUGCUUCAAGUUCUGCAACAACUUCAAGUUUUACUGUAAAAUAUGAUUAAAGCAAGUAAACAUAACUAGUCAUCAAUGAUUUUUCCAAUUGAUAUAAGAUAACUUUUUAUUUCUUUCUUAUGAGGUGUGUUAUCUCAUGUAAAUUUGUUGACGAUUCCAUAAUUUCAUUUGUUAAAAUUA